AUGUCGCUCCAAUUGUUGGCUAUCAUGGUUCUUCUCGUUGCUCCAGUUACUUCAAAUAUUCUCAUGCCUCACAGUUUCUUUGCUACGAGAUCUGAUAUUAUGUUGGAAGAUCCAUCCGGGCAGGCUGAGAAUGUCGAUGCUUCUCCAAUCAAAAUCAAUUCUGGCUCCAACGAAGAUAUUGGCAGUGAUAAAAGUGAUAGCAACUUUCAAACGGAGCACGCCCGUAACUGUUUCUUCACUCCGGUCCAAUGUUUGCUCCCACUGACUGAUUCUCACAAAGACGUCCAAUCCCUCCAUGGUGUCUAUUCCCCGACUGCCACCCACGUUCGCCGAAGCGUCGAUACCAUGCUCACUUCUCCAUGGGGAUACACGGAUCUUAUCAAACGAGGUGGCGAUAAUCGAUUCUAUCAGUGGUUGAGCAGAUUCUAA